GAUCGUGUUGGACGUCGUUUUUCACGAGCUCUGUCGUCGGUAUUGAGGAGUUUCAAAGUUGUUAUAAGUUUUCCCGGUGGUCAGGUGUUUGAAGUUUUUAUUUCGACGAGAUUUUCGCGUGAUUUUCUCGGGGAAAUUUUUGAUGAUAAUUUCCAAGUUAAAAAAAUAUCAAAAGAAUAAAUCUGUGAAAAUUUCCAAAUAAAUUUUCCCUCCUCAAACUCGAGGAAAGCGAAAAAUCGCCAAGGACAACAACCGGUCGGAAAAAAACCAAGCAAGAAUCUGUUCUCACGUGCGUUCAAGUUGUCCGACUUGCGUCUCAUUCGUCUCGGUUGGGUCCUCGCCGUUGGGCUGCGAGGAUUGGUUGCGCGCGGGGUGUCGAAAGAUUUAGGACCCGCCCCUCCGUCCUCGGUGGACGUCGCGACGCUCGGGAGUGGUGCGAAGCAAAUUCCGUGGGUCGAUUCGUGUGUGUGUGAUUUGUGCUGAGGGUGAAGAAAAUACGUCAAAUUCCACGUGAAAAAAGUCAAAACCGGUGAAAACUAUCGUGAGCGAGGAGCGAUAUUUAAAGUGCGUUGGAAAAGUUCUCAAAACAGUCGUUCAAAAAGGUCGGUCCCCAAGCGACUGUCCUAGAUUUCAGUGAAAAGAGAAAAAAACAAGUUUCAACUUCUAAUUGAGAUAGAUAACCCUUAAUUAAAGAAGUUUUCCGAGCAAGCUUAAAGUGAGUCAAACUGAGAAAGUGAGUCAUUUCACCAAAGUGAAAGAAAAUUCUUUGAAAAGCAAGAGUGAGACAGCAGCAAGGUUGGUGUUGGUAAAGAAAGUGGGCGGAAUCGAGUUCAAGAAAGUGAGAAAGUGAAUAUAAAAAAUCGUGGAAAGAAAACAGUGACGAUUGAAGGUGAAUUCUGUGCGACGUGAGUUAAAGUGACAGCUGUUUUGAGCAGGUGAAAUUGAGAAUUUGCGUUUCGCAGCAAGCAGGAAGCAGUUAAAUAAGAUUACGCCGCCGCCAGGAUGAAGAUGUCAAAAUUAUCCAAUCAAACCAACUCGCAGGACCCGCAGGCGGUGAACUCACGGGUGUUUGUCGGCAACCUGAACACAUUUCAGUGCUCCAAGACGGACGUCGAGCGGAUGUUUCAGCGCUACGGCCGAUUGGCAGGAAUUUCGAUGCACAAGGGCUACGCAUUCGUUCAGUUCACGAACCCGUUCGAUGCACGAAACGCCUGUCACGGCGAGGAUGGCCGCACCGUGCUGAGCCAAACCCUGGACGUCAACAUGGUCGCCGAACCGAAGCCACACCAAACGGGCCGGAAGCGCCAGAACAAGUCCAAAACCGGAAAUGAUUGGGAUUACUACUACGAUAGCUACUACGCCUCAACGCUGUUCGGCCCCAUCCAGGCGCAGCCCAACUGCCCGCGACCACUGAAGCGUCAGCGAUUGAUGGCCCCGAGCCGGCUGGCCCUGACGGGGGGCAAACUGAACGGCACCGGUGGACUGCUCGGUAAUCCCGGCCAAGUCUCGGCCCAGCAGCAGCAGCAACAGCAGCAACUCCAACUCCAGGCGGCAGUUGCGGCGGCCAACAGUCCUUCGGCGGCUGCGGCGGCAGCAGUUCUGGGCGGUUACUAUGGAGCUGGGGCUGUGGUCAACGGAGGCAACGGACUGCCGCCGGGAAGUGUCCUGGGGGUGGCUAAUGGGGGUGGUGGUGGAGGUGGAGGGUACCUCAACAACAACGGCUACCUGAUGAAUGGCGAUGUGACUGGAACUUUGACCAGCUACACCAACGGGCAGCACGUGGUUGGGCCGUACAAAACUUACAGUAAUCCCGACACACUGAUUUGCGGAAACUGUCGAGAAAUGUUUACGGACUUGACGGAGCUUUUGGACCACAAAAAAGCUUACUGCAAGCUGAGGUUCACGUGCAAGUGUGUGUCACCGACUAUCGUCACCAAAAACAAAUCAACUCCUCCGUCGGCGAAGCUGCUGUGUGUGGCCUGCAAGGACUCGUUCUCGAACCCAUGGGACCUGAUGGUGCACGCCCAGGCCGCCCACAUGGUCAACAUCUACGAGCUGGGUGAUUCGUCCGACGAGGAGAAGUCUUCCACCGGGGAGAGUUCCUCCUCGGUGAGUUCGGCCGACUCGUUGGCCCUGGUGGUUCCUAAGCGGCUGCACGCCAACGGAGAAAAGAACGUCGGAACAUCAACCAACGGAAACGCACUGCACCAUGACCUGCUGGCACAGGGCGAGCUGGAUCACGACGAUAAGGACAAAUCUUGCGAGCAGAACGAGGAUUCGGACGCCGUCAGCAGCAACGGAGGAAUGCAGCUGGGCUCGUCCACCGAGGACAUUCACCAGCUGGAAAAUGGACACUCCUCGCUGUCGGGUGGCACCUCCUCGACGGCCUCGUCCCCGUCGCCGUCACUUCCGAUCGGCAGCAGCACCGGUUCGGCGUCGUCGCCGAACGAUGCCUCCCAGCCAACGCGUGCCUGCAUCAUGACUGCGCUGAGCAUAGACACCAAAUCAAACCCCGAGGCAACGGUCGCCCUUAAAAUGGUCACCUCGACGCUGGGCAUCUCGCUGACCAACGGGGGCGCAACCCUAACGGCCGCAACGCAGUGAAAAGCUUCACGACACACCCCCUUAAGAUGUACACGCACCACAGGAAGGAAAGGAAAAUGCCUCGAUAUUACUUAUCCCACAAAAUAGCAACACCUUAACACGCAGACACUCUGUAAGUCAUGCUUUGGAGCAAAAUUUAAUCGACCGGCAGCGGGGAAAGUUUUAACCAGUUAAAGGAGCUUGAACAAAAUAAAGUAAAGUAAUUUAUAUACAUAUAUAGUUAAAGGAACAUUGUACAUUAGUGUGGUGGCGAAGAAUCGUUUAACCUUUUUUCAGUUUGUUCUUCCCUCCUAACGAUAGGAUUAACUGUUAAAGAACAAAACAACACAUCAACUGUUCUUCUAUUUAUGAGUAAAAACGAAAAGUAUUUCGUGGUCCGUCGAAAUCAAACGGGGGCGGUUCAUAAAAUACGAAACAAUUCAGAGCUUAACCGAUUUCUUUUGGAUUGACCUGCACUCCCUGUGCAGUGUUUGAAAAAUUUUGAUGAUUGAAAAUUGAGAAAAAAUUGAAAAAAUACCACUUAGGAAAAUAUACUAAAAGUAACGUAGCUAGGAAGAAGUAAAAUAUCAGGAAAUGAAAACUUUUUUUUUUGUUGUUUGGGUGAAAAGAGACCAAAAUUCGCAGAUAAAUAGAGAGUUUCUCAAAGAAAUCAAAACAACGUGCGUUUUCGUGUACAUAUCAAGAGAAAACAACAAAUUUAGAUGAAAUUGAAACCAGUCCUGAUUAUGGGAAGAUAUUACACAUAAAGUAUUUAAAGUUUCGAGGAUGUCUUCAAGAGACCGGACGGGCAAGUGUGUAAAUAUAACGCUUAAUCCAACCACUUGCGCCCGUCUUGCUGGGGUCAUUUGGUAAGAGAGAAACAACACA